AUGACUUACACUCCUUUCAAUAAUGAUGAUGCCUACCGACCUGAAUUUCCUGAUCUCUGGGAACGGACCCCCUCGUAUGCCCCCACUCCUGGUUACUUGGACCGCGAAUGGACGCCAUCAGUAAUCUGCCCUUCACCCGAUGCCGAGAAUAUAGUUGGUGAACGUUCAACCUCCUUGCACCAACAUCCGCCCGACCAACCGAGUUUUCAUGCAGCGGUGGAACAUGAAGAUGGAAGUGCGUGGGAUGAACACUCUCCAGACUGUAUUCACUACCAGAUCGAGUGGAGGGCUAAAUUGAACAAUCGGGUUGUGGUGAAGGAUACGGAACAAGACCUGACUCUCCCGCCCAGUUCUUAUUGGGAACAGAUCAAGGAAGACGCUGGAAGUAUUCUACGACGAAAGAUAGCCCGCAGCCGACGAGUCAGACUAGAUGAUACCUCCCUGGUGUUAUCUGUAAAUGACCGUUCCCAACGUGAUCUUACGAAACGCUUCGAAGGCACUCGUAUCGAUUGGACAGCGGUGGAAAAGCAGCUGCUAGCGUGGGGCCAUCUGUAUCGUCGUGGCAAGAAGCCUAGACUCCAGAUAUCGAUUAACUACAUGGAGGAUAGUGGGCCUCUUCCUUCUAGAACUGAUAAGAGAGGAAAAUCAUCGGUUACCAAGCGGAUGCUUGCUGACCGAGACGCUCAGAUUGACGCCGAGCAGGUCUCCGGCCAACAUUCUGUCUGGCGCGAGGUGUAUCGUGUAAUGCGAUGCCCUGGGCCUCCAUGUCACCACGAAGGACAAUAUUGCUGGCAAGAUCCAGAGGGCAAAAGACACUAUAGAUUGAAGACACACCAUCUGAAGGACCUUGUUAAAUACGUGGAGCAAGGAGGAGUCCUCGAGACCCAUGAUGAUAUACCAGAUAGCCUUCGCGAGCAGCUAUAUGCUGAGGACAACCAACGACUUGAAAAGCGGAAGAAAACCACGGAUAGUUCUGCAGUCGCUUCGAUGUGUCCUCCGAUCAAUAUCAAUGUCCUCCCAGCUGGAACAUCUGAACAAUUGAUGCCUACCCCUGCUAAUGACGCCACUUCUGCUAAGUCGGGCUGCGCUGAAUCAAUCAUGGUUCAUGGUUUGCUUGACGUCGCUGUCGAGAAAUAUACCGAAUGGCAACAGUCACGGGUGAGCAACGAGACUUUCAGGGAUAAUCUCACCAAAGCACGCGACGUGACUCUCGAAAAUUGUCUUGAUCUCAUGCAGAUUUAUGAAGAUCAAGACCCAGGUUUUUUUGUCAAGCAUGGCGUGAAAGUAGGUGCAGCCCGGCGGUUCGUACGCGACAUCGGCCUUUGGGUGAAACGAUGCGGAGACGUCACUUGCAAUGAAAAUAAUAGUAAUUUAGUCUAG